CGGCCCCUCUCGUCCUCCCUCUCCCGCCUCCCCCUCCCCGACCCCGCGGCGGGCAAUGGCGGGCGGGGGUCUGAGCACAAAGGCCUGCCGCGCGUGCGCGCUGCGGGUCUGCGCGGGCGGGAGCCGCCGGCUACCGGGGCCCGGGCGGCUUUCCCUGCAUCUGUGCCUGGUUUCGAUUUCGCCUAAGCGACCGGCCACCCCGGUGAUUCCGGCCAUGCAGAGAGCCGGGUCGAGGGACCACCUCCAGCUGUCCUGUUACAGUUAGUCCAUGUGCGAUGCUUUCCUCCGCGGUCUUAACUAAAAGCAACGCUGAGGGUCACGUACUGCGGCGAUGGGGAUGGGUAUGACGCUGUCAAGGAGUGAUUUCAAAAUUGGCUGAGGUUUCCAGUGGCCUCGAGACGAUCGUUUCAAAAAUGUAUUUCGAGAGGGUUAGCUAUUCCCUUGAGCAAGCUCAAGCAUUCUACCCGUUCGCCUAUCAGCCAGUGAUGGCUGAGGCUCCUGACCUGGCAGCCCCGGUGGCCGAGCAGCAGAUGCCUCCAGAAGCCCCCGCCCCAGCUCCUGACCAGGAACCUGCGAAAGAGGCUCGCAGGGGAAGGAAAAGGAAAGCCAGGGCGUCGGAACCCGCAGCACCCGCCGAACCCAAGAAGCCCGCCGAGUCCAAAAAGUCUGGCAAGUCGGCCAAGUCCAAGGAGAAGCAGGAAAAGAUCACGGACGCGUUCAAGGUGAAGCGGAAAGUAGACCGCUUCAACGGCGUGUCCGAGGCCGAGCUCCUGACCAAGACGCUGCCUGAUAUCCUGACCUUCAACCUGGACAUCGUGAUUAUCGGCAUCAAUCCAGGCCUCAUGGCUGCUUACAAAGGCCAUCAUUACCCUGGACCUGGAAACCAUUUCUGGAAGUGUCUCUUCAUGUCGGGGCUGAGCGAGGUCCAGCUGAACCACAUGGACGACCACACCCUGCCUGGGAAGUACGGGAUCGGCUUCACCAACAUGGUGGAGAGGACCACGCCAGGCAGCAAGGACCUCUCCAGUAAAGAAUUUCGUGAAGGAGGACGUAUUCUAGUACAGAAAUUACAGAAAUAUCAGCCACGCAUAGCGGUGUUUAAUGGAAAAUGUAUUUAUGAAAUUUUUAGUAGAGAAGUUUUUGGAGUAAGAGUUAAGAACUUGGAAUUUGGGCUUCAACCCCACAAGAUUCCUGACACAGAAACUCUGUGCUACGUAAUGCCGUCGUCCAGCGCGCGGUGCGCGCAGUUCCCCCGCGCCCAGGACAAGGUGCACUACUACAUCAAGCUCAAGGACCUGCGGGACCAGCUCAGGGGCUUCGAGCGCAACACGGACGUGCAGGAAGUGCGCUACACCUUCGACCUGCAGCUGGCCCAGGAGGACGCCAAGAAGAUGGCCGUGAAGGAGGAGCAGUACGACCCGGGCUACGAAGCUGCCUACGGCGGGGCCUACACCGGGGCCCCAGACCCGGACCCGGACGGUGGCGCCCCCGGCGGGCUGGCUGCCGGCACGGGGCCAGGACAGUCUGAGUCGGCGUGCGGUGACCUCCCGAGCGGGCAGUGGCUGCCCCAGCCCCAGCCUUUCACGGACCGGAUCCCCGCCUUCGCCGCCCACCCCGGGCUGCAGGAGCCGGGGGCAGCGGGCCGCGCAUGAGGAUGGAGCUCGGCCGCUGCAGCUCCCGAGGGGCCGCGGACCCUGCGUCCCUGGCCGGGGCCCAGCGCGGAGCCCCCGAGAAGUGGCCCGUAGGACCGAGUGGUUUGGAAGGGAAAAGUGGGGCUUUUUACGUGUUUUUGUAUUGAACUAGCUAUCACUGCGGCUUUUUAUAGACUGCAUUUCGUCCAUGAAGACACUGAUUCUCCUGGGGGGGGGGGGUCACCCUUGAUGUGUAAUUUUAGAAAACAGCAGGCCGGCUGAGCGUGCGUGGUGGUACACACCUGUAAUCCCGGCCACUCGGGAGGCUGACGCGGACUGCCUGAGUUCAGGGCCAGCCUGGGCUGUGUAGGGAGACCCAGGGCAGCAGCUGAAUGUUUACACUUGAUUCCCGACUGAGCACGUCAGGAGGCCAGUACCCUUGUGUGCCCAGACGGGCAUCGGACCAGACUCCUCGGGGGAGUGCGGGCGUGCAGCCCGGGGGCACUCUCCUCGGGGGACUGGUGCGGGCAGUGGGCUCAGGCCGCCUUCCUUUGCCGUCACAGUGUGUGACAGUGGCCUAGAGUGCAGACCCAGUAUGACCUGGACCUGCAGACAGGCUGACCCGUGUGCUACCCCUGGUGGGGCCGCACUGCUGCUGCUUGUGUCUGUAACUCGGGGAGUCCUGUGACUCCCCGUUGGUGCUGUCUCCCCUGCUUUCCCCUCCUGGGCCUCCGGGUGCUGACACGGAGCUCGCCCAGAGGGCCACUGUCCGGCCGAGCCCGUGGUGCUGCAGGUGUUGGAUAAACUUAUUUAGCAGGUGCUGCGUGCACAUGUAGUGCACUGCCCCAGGUGUGCUCCUGCCAGGUCAGUGUAACAAUUUACAAACCCUCCGCGCCCUUGACAGGGAAGCUCAUGGAGAGGAGGAAUGCUGUUCCUUUGUGAUUUUCCAAUGUGAUUUUCAUGGUGCUACAGACAGCACAGCCCGGGCCUGGUGGCUGUCAGAGCCGGGUACCUAGAGAUGCCACUCUCACGCACCCUGCCCACUCCCCACAUCCUGCUGCCAUGCAACCCAGGGCCACUGAGUCCGCAGCGAGGAGACCCCAGCAGGCUUCCCUGUCCCCCAGGGGGGUGCACAGCCACUGGUGUAUUUAUAGUAAGAGAAGCAAACCCUCCUAAACCUUACUGUGCUUUUUAGCUCUCGUGAUGAUGGACUUACUUCCUCUGUGCGGUCAUGCUGUGUGAGUGGCUCGUGUUAUUUAAAGUGCACUGUACUGCUGUCCCCUGGGUGGUUCUGGGGUGAGGGUGGCUCGCGGCAGGACCGGGAGGACUGGGUGACUUUCUCCUGUGCUGGGCUCCUUGGGGUGCAGGAAGUGCCUUUGGGGGACACAGCCCCUCCCCAGGGGCUAGGCUUCCCGAGGUGUGUGAGGCUUUUCCAUUAAACAGUAUGGAAAGAUCUUAA